GCCCCAAGAAUGAGCAUGGGCUUGUUUGCACAGCAUGUGCACCAGUCUAUUAAUCCUGACCUGCUUCCUUCCACCAGAGCCUACCAAUUUCUACAUCAGGUCCAGUGUCCCAGGAGAGAGCCAAGGCCAUAUGGAGCAGCAGAGCCCUGUUCUGAUUCACCAUCAUCCUCCCUGAAUUUGAUGACUCCAGGCAGAGUUGGGUCUCAGAGCUCAGAUUCAGAUUCCUCUGCAGCCCCAGGAAAUGCAGUAGAUGUGAACAACGAAAGCACUUCAGAGGGCUUUAUUUGUCCUCUGUGUAUGAAAUCUCAUGGAUCUGCUGAAGAACUUUUCAAGCACUAUGAAGCAGUUCAUGAAUCUGGCAUCGAUUCAAGUCAUGGAGGAGAAGGGCAUUCUUCAUCAAAAAGCGAUGAAAUAUCACUACUCCGACAAGAAGUCCAAGACUUGCAAGCUUCACUUAAGGAGGAAAGAUGGUACUCAGAAGAGCUGAAGAAAGAAUUAGAAAAAGUGCAGCAGCAGCAAGAAUCUAAACCUGAUGGAGUGACCACUGCUGCAUCUACAGAAUCAUUAGAACAGAAACUGGAAGAGACCCAAGUAGAAAAUUUUAAUAUUAAGCAGAUGAAAGACCUGUUUGAGCAAAAAGCUGCACAACUGGCCACUGAAAUUGUGGAUAUUAAGGCAAAGUAUGAUGAGGAAAUGAGUCUUCGAGAAAGUGCAGAGCAGAAAGUGACAAACCUGAUGCAAGAACUACAGAAAGAGCGAGCCAUAAUAGAAGAUUUAAAGACUGAACUGUUGCAAAGACCUGGUGUGGAGGAUGUUUCUGUUCUCAAGAAGGAGCUGGUUCAAGUUCAGACAUUGAUGGACAAGAUGACUUUGGAGCGUGAGAGAGAAUCAGAGAAGCUGAAAGAUGAGUGCAAGCAUUUGCAGGCAGAGUAUGCAAACUCAGAGGCCACAAUAAAUCAGCUAAGAGCUGAGCUUGCAAAAGGCCCUCAGGAAGUUGCUGUGUAUGUUCAGGAACAACAAAAACUUCAAAGUUCAAUUAAUGAAUUAACACAGAAAAACCAGAGUCUGACCGAAAAGCUGCUGAAGAAAGAACUUGAUUACACCCAGUUAGAAGAAAAGCAUUAUGAAGAAUCAAUGAGUAAAAAAAACAUGCAGGCAAGCCUUCAUCAAAAGGAUCUGGACCUGGAACAACUUCGCGCAAGACUAUCUGCAUCUGAAGCCUCAUUGCAGAGGUUACAGACAGAACUGGGUGAGAAGGGGGAAGCAAACCACAAACUCAAGGAAGAAUUGUCAGAAAUAGAGACAAAGUAUCAGCAUCUCAAGGCAGAGUUUAAACAGCAACAACAGCAGAGGGAGGAAAAAGAGCAACAUAGCCUUCAACUGCAGAGUGAGCUCAAUCAGUUACAUAGUAAACUUCUGGAGACAGAACGUCAGCUUGGGGAAGCACAUGGUCGACUUAAAGAACAGAGACAACUCUCUAGUGAAAAACUGAUGGACAAGGAACAGCAGGUGGCUGAUGUGCAGUUAAAACUUUCUCGUGCUGAAGAGCAGCUAAAGGAAAAAGCAGCAAAUUGCACUGAAUUGCAGCAUCAGAUAGAUAAAGCAAAACAGCAGCAUCAGGAGCAACAGACUCUUCAGCAAAGCACUACAGCAAAACUGCGAGAAGCUCAGAAUGAUUUGGAACAAGUAUUGCGUCAGAUUGGAGAUAAGGAUCAAAAAAUUCAAAAUCUUGAGGCCUUGCUGCAAAAGAGUAAAGAGAACAUCACACUGUUAGAAAAGGAAAGGGAGGACUUGUAUGCGAAAAUUCAAGCAGGGGAAGGAGAAACUGCAGUACUUAACCAGCUGCAAGAGAAAAAUCAUACUUUGCAAGAACAGGUAACUCAGCUAACAGAAAAGCUGAAGAAUCAGUCGGAAAGCCAUAAACAAGCCCAAGAGAAUUUGCAUGAACAGGUGCAAGAACAGAAGGCACAUCUGAGAGCUGCUCAGGACCGUGUGCUCUCCCUAGAAACAAGCAUUGGUGAACUAAAUAGUCAGCUAAAUGAAAGUAAAGAGAAAGUAUCCCAGCUUGAUUUACAGAUAAAAGCAAAGACUGAAUUACUUCUUUCGGCAGAAGCAUCAAAAGCUGCUCAAAGAGCAGAUCUUCAGAAUCAUUUGGACACGGCCCAGAAUGCGCUGCAAGAUAAACAACAGGAAUUAAAUAAAGUCAAUAUUCAGUUGGAUCAGGUUACGGUCAAGCUGCAUGACAAGCAAGAAUAUUGUACACAGCUGGAAGCCAGUCUUAAAAAGUAUAAAGAGAAACAUCUUUAUUUAGAACAGAAAACAGAGGAGCUAGAGGGACAGCUUAAGAAACUUGAAUCUGACAUUCUUGAGGUUAAAGCAAGCAAAGAACAAGCUCUUCUGGAGCUACAGCAGCAACGGCAGCAGUGUACAGAGCUCGACCUCAGAACAACAGAACUGACUAAACAGCUUGAAGCAGAAAGAGAAAUUGUAUCUAGUACUAAAUUGGAUUUGCAGAAGAAAUCUGAUGCCCUGGAACAAGCAAAACAGCAAAUAUCAAAUCAAGGGGAAGAAAAAGCAAGCCUUAAGCGGGACCUUGAGAAAUUAAAUCAAGAGACAAAUAAACAACAUAAGGAAUUAGAUGUAAAAAUUCAAGCAGCAACAUCAGAGCUGCAGAAAAUCAAGUUGGAGAAAGAUACUUUAUUGAAGGAUCUUACAGUUACCAAAGACAAACUUUCAAAAACCGUUGAAUCCUUGAAGGAUACAAAGGAUGAAUUGGAAAAAGAAAAACAGAAAGGAAAAGCAGCUGUAGCAGAAAUGGAAAAAUCUUGCCAAGAAACUAAACAUCAGCUUCAAGUACAGACAGAGUCUGUAGCUAAAGAACGGAAUGAGUUGAAAAACUCACUGGAAAAACAGGAAGGGAUUUCUAAGCAGCUGACAAUAGAGCUUGAUUCAGCACGAGGACAAAUACUGGAGAUUCAGGGUAUCCUAAAAGAGAAGGAAAAGAAUGAGCAGCAUCUCCAGGGAAAGCUGAAAGAACUGAAAGAAUCUUUUGAUCAAAAGAAAAAGCAAACUGAAAUACAGCAAGCAGAAUUAAAAGGUGCCCUUCUAGAAAAGGCGGAACUAGAGAAUAAACUACAGCAGCAGGUAACGUUAUCAACCCAGGAACUUAAAGCAGAGAAAGGAAAACUAGCAGAGCUACAGAAGAUCCAUGAAAAAGAUCAGGAAAAUAUGAAAGAACUUCAGCUGGAUCUUUAUGGUAAAGAAUCUGAACUGUUGGCAACAAGGCAAGAUCUGAAGUCCACAGAGGAGAAACUUGCUCUGGCUCAGGAGGAAUUAGUUUCAAGCAGAAAUCAAAUUGGUAACCUUAAUCAGUCAAUCCAAGAACUUAAGACAGUAAAGUCUACCCUGGAGCAGGAUGUGUCAAAGAAAGAACAGCAGUUAAAAGAGCAGAUCAGAAUGUUACAGGAAAUCCAGAAAGACAAGGUUUUGAAAGAAAAAGACUUGGCUAAUGAAAAAGCUAAAUCAACAGAGCUCCAGGAAAUAAAGAAUAGGCUGGAGAAAGACAGUAAUAAAUUGAGUGAAGAGCUUAAGACCCGCAAGCAAGAAUUUGAGAAGGAGGUGACAAAUCUAAAGGACGCCAAGCAGCUGUUGAUACAACAAAAGCUAGAGCUUCAGGGCAAAGUAGAUAACAUGAAUUUAGCUCUUGAACAGGAGAAGAAGAAUCAGCAAAUUAUCAAAGAUCAGCUGAAGAAAAAGGAGGACGAACUGAAGAAGGAAUGUGUUGAGAUUGAAACUAAAUUGCACACCGAGAUAAAAGCUAAAGAAGAAGAAAACAAAAAAUAUGAAGAGGUGAAGGCCAAGCUCACCAUGCAGAUCACAGCUUUGAAUGAAAACCUGGCUACAAUGAAGAAAGAGUGGCAGAGCAGUCAAAGGAGAGUCAGUGAGCUAGAGAAACAGACAGAUGAUUUGCGUGGGGAGAUUGCAGUGUUAGAAGCAACCGUACAAAAUAAUCAGGAUGAGAGGAGAGCAUUGUUGGAGAGGUGUAUUAAAAGUGAGGGAGAAAUUGAAAAGCUUCAAGCCAAACUCCUGGAACUGAAAAAGAAGCUGGAUAACACAACUGCAGCAAUGCAGGAGCUAGGCCGAGAAAACCAGUCACUACAGAUUAAACAUACACAAGCCCUAAACAGGAAGUGGGCAGAAGACAAUGAGGUACAGAACUGUAUGGCCUGUGGGAAAGGUUUCUCCGUGACAGUAAGAAGGCAUCACUGUAGACACUGUGGAAAUAUCUUUUGCGCUGAGUGCUCCGCAAAGAAUGCCUUAACUCCUUCUUCUAAGAAGCCUGUCCGUGUCUGUGAUACUUGUUUUAAUGACUUACAAGGAUAACUGGUUAUCUCAAAUGGCACUUAAACGUUACGCUAGAAUUAGAAUUUCUGUUGAUGCACUUCGUACAGCACUCAGACUACUAUUCAGUUUGAACAAUGAUUGUAACACUUGCAAAAUUUAGUAUAUUUUAAAAUGUUUUAUUGAUACUAAGUAAAACUAUUGUAUUUUUUUGUGAGAGGGGCUCAGAUCAUUCUCAGCUUAUUGCCAUUUACCCAGGAAAGAGCUUUUAUGUCUAAAUUAGGAACACCCAUUUAUUUGUAAAUAAAGUUUAAACAGAGAAGUAACAAUGUAUUUUUUUAAUCUUGAAUUUUUUUGUUCAAAAGAAACAUGUAUGUUAUACUGCAGUUUUUGUUUCUUUCAAAGAGUAAGUUGCAAACAUUUGCAAGGAUUUUAUGUAUCAAAUUUUGCUGCUUAAGUGGUGUAAUUCCAUUUUAAUUAUUGCAUUUGAUUGCAUAACUAACAUCCUUUUAAAUCCCCCAAUCAUUUCUUUGAGUUGUUUUUCGCCUCUCUUGCUCUUGAAUUUUUCUCUCUAAGGCUCCAAUCCUGCAGUGGGGUCAGACACCUGUACCCGCAUGGAACCCUGUUGACCUACAUGGGGCUCUGUAUGGGCACUGUGGUCUUGCCACAAAGAGCUUAUUGCAAUAUCAGUGCCUAAAUCAUUGCCCAACUACAUUUGGAUAUUGGAGUAUCUUUACAGGUACUAUACGGUACUAGCAUUUGUAUCAGGACUUCAAGUUUGGCUUCUGUUCUAGGAAUGUUGCAUAAAGCUCUCCCUUAUCAAUGUAUAGAUUUGUUGAACAGAAUAUAACUACAGAUUUUCCUAUCUGUGCACAUAUAAAAAAUAUCCUCUGUUCUAUUCUUUUUCUUUCCGUAAUAACAGUAGAAGCCUUUAAAAGUCCUUGGUUGAUCUUUGAAGAACACCAAACUGUCCUAUGCUAGGUUUCCUACUAAUGACCUAUAUUCUGAGAUUCUAGCAUUUUAUAUGAUUUCCCCACAUGACCUGGAAGAGGUUGGGAUCAUUCUCUCCCUAACAGACUUGGUCUUUCCACUGCUUCUCUUGAACCUUUGGUGCUUGUGUUGUUCUUAAUGCUGAGCCUUUCUUGGUACAGUAGUUUCAUGACCUGCUCAGAAUUGUGGUUGAAACUGCUCCUGAUUUGUUUAUGGACAAAACAGUCAGGCUUAAGUAAGAGGUGAGGAUACAAUUUUAGACUGUUACUGUCCCAGUUUCUUCUCUUUGCUUGUGCUGGAGGAAUUUUUAAAAAUUAUGCAUAUACAUACCUCUCUUUAUUGUGUAGGCAAAAAAAGUAAAAUGUACUUAGCUGUGAUUUCUCCUUUUCUGAAGUGGGCUCCUGCUUCUCCAUGAUCUAUUACAACUGGGUUAUUGUGCCUCAUCUUCCAGACAGAGGCUUUUUAAAAAAUAUCCCCUCACACCUUCAGCUUCUCAAAAUAAUGCCAGCAGGUGGAGCUAUUCCAGUAAUUCAUUGUCUAAUUCACCCGCUAGCUGCCCAAGGUAAAAAGACUGUGUGUUUCAAUGAAUAAACAUUAUGAAAGAUUAGCCAUCUCCAAACAGGGUAGUUUACUUUUAACUAUUAAUUCAUGUGUGUUAUAGAAAAAUGGAAAUGAAGAUUUAAAGCCCAGCAAGAUCCCAAGGACCUCCAAAAUUUCCCCCUCUCUCUGUAGAAAUGCUGGGUUAAAGGGAAAGGGUUGAGAUAUUUCCCUUCCAAUUGAUAUUUAAUGGGAAUUAAGUUUAAUGGUGUCUCAUGGAGCACCAGGUGCUUACUUCAGAUAAGAAAAAGUUGUGGGUAGGUAAGGGAUUUUACUUUCCUCCCUCAUGACCAUCUGGUGCUCCAUGAUCCAGUACUGAGAAGCAGCCAGCAGCAAAAUCAAUCUCUGCAAAGGGGAAGAAAACAUAAAACAGCAAGUAAAUUACCUCAAAAGAUAUCUAGCUCUUAUGUGAGGGUGGAUUUUUUGUUUGCGUGUUUGCUUUUCUUCUUUCCUCCCCCACCAUAAGAAGAGUAUUAAAGACAGAAAACCAAGAAAAAGACUUCUUGUCCAGAACUCCUGUCAGACAAAGACAACAUGUCUGUUUAAAACUUAUUGAUAGCUAACGAAAUGCACCAAAGUCCAGCUAGGCGUACAGCAGAAUUACUUGAAUGAUACAUUCUCUGACCUGUGCAGGAAAUUCCACAUGGCCAAUUGAAUGCCAAGCACAACAUGAACUGGCUAGGGCUUUUUCUGGAACAACUGGGGCUAAGCAGUCUGAAAGAGUUGGGAGGCCCUGCCCUAUGGCAUUUUCCUUGCUGUCUGAUGUACUGGGUGGAGAUGUGCCUUGACAACAUAGUUCAGAACAGAAAAAUGUCCAAGGAUUCUAACUUGUUGCUUUCAAAUACCAGAUCCUGCUGGUGAAUUCCUGCCCCAUAUAUCUUAAGGCUUGCCUGCCACAGUUCCGCUUUUGGAGUCAGGUCCUUCCUGGUAUAUUUCAUCUUGGCCUGAAAUUCUGAGUAGCCUUAGACCACUGGUUGGAGAUCCUGUUUCAGCAUUUCUGCCCCAAACACCUAACGCUGCAUGUUGCAUUGCUCUACAGGGUGGAAGGCAGUACAGUAUUGUGUAGCUGGGUAAUGAGCAGGAACUCCUUUGAUCUUAGCUGCUACAUUGCCCUGUUUUCUGUUACUGCAGAUACCUAUUGUCCAAAAUUCUCACUCUACUAAGGGGUGCCAAGGAGAGAGAGAGAGAGAGAGAGAGAAGAUUAUAAUGGAGAAAGCUCCAACGUGGAGAUAAAAAGUUCUGGAGGAAGCAGCUGCUUCCAUGAGCAUAUUUGAGAUGCUAAGGAGUUAGAAAGAGAGGCAGUCAGGUUUUUGACUGGCUCCACCUGCUGGUACUGGUAUGUGAAGCUAAAGAGAGAGAGGUAGGGGGGUGGGUGUGUGUGUGUGUGUGUGUGUGUGUGUGUGUGUGUGUGUGUGUGUGUGUGUGUGUGUGUGUGUGUUUUUUAAGAGUCCUCCUCUCCCCCCCAUUCUUGGAAGAUGAAGACUAACCCGGUUGUAAUGGAUCCUGGAAUACCAGGUGCUCAUUAGGGGGAAUAAUUUUGUCACUUUUUGAAUGACUUCGAUAUUGAGAUAAUCUCACUGGAAAAAUCUUUUCUUAGUGAAGAAGGAAAAGAUUUUUGGGAACAAAAAUGUGAAUUAGCCUUUGCAAAUUAUUGUCAGAAACAAUUGAUUGCCAUUUGCCCAACUGUGGCUUGCCACAAAAGAAGUGACCCCUAAAGCAGAAUAUUCUGUAGAGAGCAGUAGGGACUCCCAAGAAACUAGAGUACUUUCUAGUUUGUGAGCGUAACUUAAAUGAAAUGUGGGAAUAAAUGCUUCUUUGAGCAUUUGAAAUUUAUGACACAUACCUGGAGAUAGUGAAAUGCUUAAGACCAGAAGGAAAAUAAACGUUGUAUAGAGUGACGACGAGUGAAAGCUCUGUAAUGACACUAAGAUUGGAAGAAGUUGAGAACUGGUGAAAUAAUUCAUUGGAACCUCUGGAGGAGUAGGAAAUAGCACUGUCACUUGCACUAUGCACUUUUUUCUUUCUAGCCUAACUGAAUAUAAUAUUCCAUUUAUUGUCUGGCAGUUUUGAAUGCAUAG